CUUAUUUGUGCAGGUAAGUGCUUUAUAGCUGGAUUAAUGAGUAACUUCUACUUAAUUAGUUGCUGUUCUCCUGCAGUGUAGUAUUUGGGCUUCUUUUUCCCUAUAAAACCCUCCUUGUUUUCACUCAGUCAUUCAGCACCCCAAGAUGCGCAUUGCCCCCAGUAAGCUGCAGUUACUCCUGACGGGGAUAGUUUGUAUUACAGAGUUUUGUGCUGUACCAUCUGCUCUUCAGAAAGAUCCUAAGUGUGGGCAGAAAGCUCAAGAGACAAACCCGUGGAGUUACCUUAACCUUUUCACUAGGAUUGUCGGGGGAAAACAGGUGAAACAAGGCUCACAUCCAUGGCAGGUUUCCUUGAAACGAAGGCAAAAGCAUUUCUGUGGAGGGACCAUUGUUUCUGCUCAGUGGGUGGUCACGGCAGCUCACUGCACCUUGGACAGGAACCUACUCCAGUACUUGAAUGUCACUGCAGGAGAGCAUGAUUUGAGGAUAAGGGAGAAUGGCGAGCAGACUCUCCCUGUUAAAUAUGUCAUUAAGCAUCCAAACUUUGACCCCAGAAGGCCGAUGAACUAUGACAUUGCCCUUCUGAAGCUGGACGGAGCCUUCAACUUCAGUUCAUCAGUUUUGCCAGCAUGUCUUCCUGAUCCAGGUGAAAAGUUUGAAGCAGGAUAUAUCUGCACUGCUUGUGGCUGGGGCCGUUUAAAUGAGAAUGGAGUACUCCCUCAGGUCUUAUAUGAAGUCAAUCUACCAAUCCUAAACAGUAGGGAGUGUUCAAGAGCAUUAUCAACUUUAAAGAAACCCAUCCAAGGUGACACUAUAAUGUGUGCUGGAUUUCCAGAUGGAGGAAAAGAUGCCUGCCAGGGAGACUCAGGAGGCCCCCUUCUCUGCCGGCGUAAGCAUGGUGCCUGGACUCUAGCUGGUGUGAUCUCCUGGGGGAUGGGAUGUGCUCGUGGCUGGACAAGUAAUGAGAGGAAGAAACAUUACAACAGAGGAUCUCCAGGAAUAUUCACAGACCUCAGUGCUGUGCUUUCCUGGAUUCAGGAGAACAUGAGUGCUGAUCUGAAAAUGAAAAGCUCCACAGCAUUUUGUAGCAUUCAGGAUGGCAAACUCCCUGACAGUGAAGGAGAAUUACAUUUUCCUGGAAGUCCCAAACAGUUCUAUCAAAACCACCAGUUGUGUGUAUGGACUCUGUCUGCACCAGAAGAGAAUUAUAUAUUGCUUCAUUUUUCUCACUUUGAUAUAGAGCCAGAAACAUUUUGUGACUAUGAUUCUUUAUCAGUCUAUUCAAAAGAUGACAGACUUGUUGGGAAAUUCUGUGGAACAGAUCUUCCAUUACCUAUUUUGAUUGGCUCCAAUAGUAUAAGGCUGAAAUUUGUUUCUGACAACAAGGAUUAUGGAACUGGUUUUGCCCUGACCUACAAAGCUCUUACACCAGAUAUUCUUCCUGAUUCUGGCUGUGAGUCCUUAGCUGUCCUUUUUGAAGAAGGAGUGUUACAAAGUAUGCACUAUCCAGAGAGCUACAGCAACAGGGCAGACUGUCAAUGGAUUAUCUGUGCGCCAGAGGAUCAUGUAAUCAAGCUUACGUACCAGUCUUUUGAGGUAGAAGAGAGUGAAGAUUGCACUUACGAUGCUGUGACUGUGUAUGAAGAUGUGGGAAAAGAGGAGGAAAUUGCUAAGUCUUGUGGAUUUGCCCUACCAGCACCUGUGCUAAGCUCCUCUGCUAUGAUGCUGGUUGUCUUUCACUCUGAUGAAACAGAGACCUUUGGAGGAUUCAGAGCUGCAAUCUCUUUUGUUCAUGUAACAGAUUUAGAUAUUUUGGAUUCAACUAGUCAAGAAGAGUUAGAAGAUACAGAUAUAACUGAAGAAGAAAAACAGAUUACAACAGAUGAUAUUUGUGGAAUGCCUUCAAAUCAGCCCAGGUUCAUCUUCAGUAGGAUAAUUGGAGGUGAAGAAGCUGUGCCAUACUCAUGGCCUUGGCAGGUCAGCGUACAAAUUUCAGAUGAGCAUAUCUGCGGAGGAGCAGUUCUUGCCAAAGAAUGGGUUGUCACAGCUGCUCACUGCUUUAAUUCUAAGGAACUAUACAGAGACUUAUGGAUGGUGGUAACGGGACUUCAUGAUCUUAGAGAGCAAGAAUACAGACAGAAAAGGUCAGUAAAGCAGUAUAUUAUACAUCCAAGUUUUAACAAGACCACUAUGGACUCUGAUAUCGCCUUGCUGCAACUGGCCGAGCCCUUAGAAUUCAACCACUACGUGCGCCCAGUGUGCCUCCCUGCCAAGGAGGAGGCGAUUCAGCCCUCGAGGGUGUGCAUUGUCACAGGAUGGGGUGCACAUGAAGAAGACAGAGAAAAGGGGAAAAAACUGCAUCAGCUGGAAGUCCCUGUCCUGGUGCUUGACACAUGUCAGAGCUAUUACAUAAAUCUUCCCAGUAAAGUGACCCAGAGGACGAUCUGUGCUGGAUUCCCCCUGGAAGAAGGCAAGGACUCAUGCACAGGUGAUUCUGGUGGCCCAUUAGUUUGUCCUUCAGAAGAUAACUCAGGACUUUAUACCCUUCAUGGAAUCACUAGCUGGGGCUUGGGAUGUGGAAGGAAGAGCUACCCAGGUGUAUACACAAAUGUUGGUGUUUUUGUUGACUGGAUCAAGCAGAGUGUUAAUAGUAGUGAUCUCCCCGUUUUCAUGGUGUGAUCAUCAAAGGAGCAGUUCCGAUGGACCACAUUGUAAAACACUUCCAAAGCACAAACGUCAUUGAAAGCAAAAUUUGGUGAGAGUGUGUUAGUUCAUGACUGGUGAAGAUUCCAAAGCAGCUGAUACUUACCCUCGUGAAUUUACUGCCGAUUUACCUGAAUUGAGACUUUGGCUUUACAUGCCUGUGCAUGGGGCAGACACAGGUUAUGUGUGAGGUUUCUGACACUCUGUUAAUCUAUCUUAGAAGGAAAGAGAGGGUAAAUGAGCCACCAUAUACUGUAUGUCAAGCAUAUCCUUAAAUGUAGUACUGGAGAGCAUAAAAAUACUGUAGAAAUGAGAUAAGUGCCUGUGUAAAACAACUGAAGGGGCAGUUACUCAUUCGUCCUUUAAGGUUGAUGAGAGUGUCACCUCUGGCUCUGAGAGGACCUAGGCAGUGGCAAUAGUAGUUCGUCACUGAGGAGCAGAACAACAUUGUCUAGUCAUUAGUGAUGUGAAUCAAUCCAAUUGCUGGGAAAAUAAUAUUUUUAAUACAGUUCCUGUUUUAACAAAUUGUGUGGUGUUUAAACAGAAGUAUUUCAAAAGACAGGUGUUACAGGCCAAGGGCUUUUGGCACCAUGCAAGAACUGACAGCUAUUCUAAUGAACCUAUACGUGUAAUUAAAGAGGUACUGUGUAAUCCACACAGCACAAACUGAGUGCAUUUACUUGUAAACAGCAGUUUGUUUAAUGCCCAAAUGGCUGCUUACACAAUAAAUUGUGAUGACAGGCUCCAAUUAGCUUUGCAGACUGUUUUGUGCACAGUCUUAGUGUUUAGAAACUAGAUCAGUAUGACAGUACAAUAGGUAACGCAAGUAUAAUCCUUCUUUGACUCAAUGGUCAGAAAAUAAUUAGAAAGUAAGAUAUCUCAUUUUGUUUCUGUUGAUAUUAAUGUCAAAAAUCUUGAGAUGUGUUUCCCAUACAUGCGUUUGAUGCCAGUAACCCUACUUUUUUGAUUACAUUAGUUAAGAACUUCUGAGUUUUUUUAAGAAAUAAUUUUAUUCUGUAGCUGAGGAAAGAAAUAGGCUGUCUACCUUUAUUCCCAAAUGAAUACCGUAAAUGUUUUUUAACAGUUUCUUCUCCUCGCUGUAAAGUUUUAGGCGAAAGCCCACAAAAUAAUCUGGAGCAUGAGUUUUCUGUGAAACUAUGUAAAUACUUCAUGGUGGAAGGACUAUGGACAAAUUCAGAUUAAGUGUAAGGCACAGCUGUGUUACAUUAUUGAUAGAGUAUGCUUGGUCUAUCUUUGAUAAGCUCUUUGAAGAGGUCUUUGGAGAGCAAGGGGAGUCUGUUAAUGUUCACUUAUGGUGGAAGUUGCUAUUAGCUAACUGUAUCAGUUUAACUCUGCCAGGAGCAGAUGUGUCUAAUCACUUGGUUGCUAUUCUAUUUUGCUUAACAGGAACAAGAAGACUUAAAAUACCUGUAAAGUUUUUAUCUGCUUAUUAAUCUAAUACAAGGAUAUCAAGUGGGUGUGUUCAGAAAAAUAAAAAAAGGGAGGGGGGGCAGAACUACAGGUGGGAGAAGUAUCAGCUGUGCUAACCCUACUGCAUGCAGCGGUUAUAUGCUGAUAAAUUGAUAUCUCUUUAAAAAAUUCCUGUCAUAUAUUUGGAAUGCUAUCUUAAAUUAUUUGUAUCUGACUUGAUUGUUAGGGUUCUUACUUUUUGCUUGACUGCAUGAUGUUGAACUUCUGUUUUUCUCCUAGUGUGGUUUUACAAGUAGUGUAGUUUUGCUUUUGUUUGUUCUAUCUUUUUAGCCUAUUGUAAGCUGCCAGUAUCUUUUAGCAAUAAUGUGAACUGUUUUGUGAUGCAAAUGAAAUCUGAUUUCAAAAAAAUAAAAAAAUCACUUUCAAUGGAGUUCAUGUAAUGGAAUUGUAUUUUAGUUUUUACAAAAUUUGUAUGAAGUCUACUUUAAUUCUUGACAGUUACAUGAGGAUUUCCUGAACGCUACAGUCAGAAGGUAGGAUACUAGUAGCCUACCUGAGUACUGAGGUAGGCUCAGGUUCCCUGCAUGCUUAAAAUCUUGAUAUAAACCUUCUUCUGUUGGCAUGUAAGUAAAAAUAUCUUCUUUGUAACGCUAUGUGGAAGUAAAUGAAGGCUCACUGCAUUGUUCAUUGGCACUGUGCUAAAUAAAAGUCUAUGAAGUCUAUGCCCAAAAAGAUCUUGUUCUGACCUUUGGUUUAGGUGAGCAUCUGUGACCAUAAGUCUUCCUGCUUAGCCCUGACAUGGUAGUCCUGCUCUGUAUGUGUGCGUGGGCACACGUGCUGGGCGUCCAUCCCUAUUGCCAGCGAUGCACCUAGAUAGCCUUUGCAUGAGUGGUUAUUAGAGCAUUUUUGUAACUUUUGUUGGAAAGGGGAGACCUUAAUCAAAAAAUAGAAGGUAUAUGUCCAUUGUUAAAGCAUGUCUGGCAAUAGUACAGAAGAGGAAGCAAUUACCUGAAAUCUGGGUUGUAGCUAUAUAGCCUGACAGAAGAUGUUAAAAACAUUGUUGAUCUCUGACUCUAUGGCAUUGCCGCUGUGAAUUCUUGGUUCAUAAUUCUUUUACUUUGCCAUCUCCUCCUUUUCUAGCCGAGGACAGCGUAGUGACUUCCUGCGUCGUACUGUUCUUGGUUGCUUGCGCUUCUGUGACCUCCCCGAUGAAGCCAGAGGAGCAGUAGCACAGCAGCACCGCAUCCUUCCUUAGAUGUACUCUGCCUGGAGCUCUGCAUGCCAUGUAUUUCCUGACACACUCUCUUUCCGGAGCGGGUCUGCCCAAAAGGGUCUGACAUAGUAUGUAGCUGGUACUGUAGAACUCCAUUCUCAUGAGGUCUUCCCCAUUUUGUUCCCUUUUCCUGUAGCCUUUCUUCCUGUAUACUUUCUGAGGACAAGUGGCACAAGGGCACUUUUUCCUCAUUUAGGAAUCCAUUUACUGUUAUGUAUUGGAUUCACAGUAAGACAGUUAUUUCUUCAGCUGAAGUGACUAGACUUGGUUCUUUGCAUGCUUUCAAAAGAGUGAAUUGAGCAGUAAUGCUGGAGGGACUGUGGAUGUUAUGUCUGGGUAAGACAAGUUAACAAGAGGAAAGAAUUAGGCUUGGUACUUUGAAGAAAAAAAAAAGUUUUAUAUAGACUAAAACCCUGCUUUUGACUCAAAAGAAAGAAAAAUAAUCAACAAAAGUUGAAGGAGCAUUAGGAAUACUUAAUAUAAAAAAUAAGAAACCCCUCUAAAUGUUUCUCAAGCUCUACAAAACCGCUUCCGUGCCUUUGUCUUACUAAAGACAAGGGAGAAGUCCUGUUCUUG